AUCAUCUUUUGAUGUGUUCAUUUUGAUUUUGAAAUUGAACGCAAGCGAUCAAUGCAGAAAUAAUUCGUCACAGGAUGAUAUGCAAUUAUUCUGUAAACAACAAAUUAUUCUGUUCAUUAUCUCUCACGAAAAUAACGCGAAGAAACGAUAAGAAGCUUUUAUAACGAGAGUUCCUCGCUCCAAAUUUGAUCAAUUUCUUUUUCAUUCUAAUCCAGUAUUUUUCACGAUUCAGUGGCAGAGUGUCAGUUUUCUAUCAAGUCGAUUGUUGAUACUUUUUUCUUGGGGAAUGUCAUAUGGUUGAUGGUUGUUGAUAGUUUUUACAAAAACGCCAGAAUCCAACUUCCGAUAGAAAGGUGAUUUUGCGCACUCGCGUAGCCUAUGAGCACCUAUAGGUGAUAGCCUAGAUAGAACAUUGUGGAGGAUUUUGUUGUAUUCAUUACAGAAAAAAAAAGUACAGAAUUCAUUAACAAGGUAGAUUUGUUGCAUAAGUAUGAAGUUACGGAUACCUGUAAUCAUUCGUAAAUAUUAAUCGUCACGAUGGCUAAUCAGGAGAGCAAUAAUAACAAUUCGAUGAGGGAGGACCUAGUCAGGACUGCUGUCAAGUUUUUACAGAACCCGAAAGUACUUUCAGGUCCUUUGAAACAAAAACAAGAGUUUCUUAGGAGAAAAGGCCUUACCGAAAGUGAAGUCUUGCAUGCUUGCGAGUUAGCGGGUGCUACCAAAACUGAGGUGGAGCUCCCAUUUUCCUCUAGACAAAACGAAUUUACAGCGGUUCCUAUUCACCAUGGCCAAAACUAUCCAUAUUAUCAAUUACAACCAUAUCAGCCAACAUUGUUUGGACGAGUAAAAGAAAUUUUGAACACUGCUGUUCUUUUUGGUGCAGCAACUUAUUGUAUAUACUGGUUCUACAAGAAAUUUAUAGAGCCAUACCUUUUCGGCCGUAAGAAGCGCAAAACCUUGGAAGAAUCGGUAACAGAAUUAGACAGAACGAUUAAGGGUUCGUUGAGCGAAGUGAAAGAAACAAUUUCCAAAGUAGAGCAGGACGUCAGUAAGCUAGCAGACAAGCAUGGUAUAGAUCCUAGCGUACCACAGCUUGUGCAGGACUUGAAGCAUGACUUAGCCAGUCUGAAGGGGCUGCUGUUAUCAAGAAAACAAUUUCCAAGCGUACCGGCAUCCAUUCCUACUUGGCAGCUAGCGACAUCGACUGUCAAUCAAGAGAAGACGAGUGAAAGAGAAGAUUUAGAUGACGCGGGGAGUGGCAGCAGCACAAAUAAUUCAGAUAGCUCCUUGGAAAUGAUAAGAGAAGAUCCGCCAAAGAAUUGAUUCAGCAUCAACCAAACUUCCGUUUAUAUUUCAUUGCUAGAAUUAUCAGUGCCAGUGAUGCGUCGUUGUGUGUACAAUUUAUAUGAAACAUAGUCUUUAUAAAUAUACAUCAUAAUCAAUAUUGAAAACUCUUAGAGUGCGAAAUGAUCAAUACAUUUCUUUGUUUUUUUUUUUUAAAUGACGAGUGCAGACUGAUGAGUACAAUAUUCAGUAGGUGAAAGUUUUCGCAUUAAUUGAAAUUGAUCAUUCCUCAGCCUUGUAAGAUUUUUUAAGAUUAAUUUUAUAGAUGAUUGAACAAUUUUUAUUUUGUACAUAAAAUAUGAAGGGGCUUUUUUUACAAAAACUCAUUACCGUCAGUGUGUCAUGAAAUUAAUUACGAUGAAUUACCGAAUUUAGCGAAUAAAAACAGAUAUUACUAUCGAA